AUGCGUAGCUACCUAUCCCCCUCCGUCUCUCCUAUCAGUCUAGCGACGAUUGGUUUAGCCGUGGCCAACGAUAACCGCUUAGGCUGUCAGGAUUUGAUUGUGUCGUCGUCCAACAGAACGCGACUGGAACCUAAAGGAAGUUUCCUUGAAGAUGACGGACCUUCGUAUACAAGUUCAAAGUUUCUCAGUGCUACCAAUAUCACGGACUAUGUCGUGAACACGACAGCUAUCUCGGUGGAGGAUCUCGGUAGCAUUUCUCUUCAAGAUUUUUUGUUCGGCGAAGCUUCAUUCGACGACCUAUUAAUAUAUUUGAGACCCGAUGAUGAAUAUGUUCCUCUUGAAGCAAUCGACUGUCUUCUGGAAGGAGCGAGUCCUGCGGUAGGGAUGAAGACCGAAUACGUGCUCGGUGGCAGGCCCAUUCCUUCAUUUGAAGUUGCGAUCCCCAACGAGAAGGGAUUGCAACUACCUGCAAAAUAUUUGAAAUGGGCUUACGACGUACUCAGUAAGGGCUGGAAGGCUUUUAGUACCCUUCGACAUUACGGGACUGACGGUUUUCGGACUGGCCGAGAAGGCCAUGAAAUGGAAGGAUACGGAAGAGAUCAAUUUUAUCCUAACAGCAAGACGAUAUGCAUUGGAGCGGGACAGGUGGAACAAUGA